AUGGGAUUGAGAAUGGAGCGCACUGAUGGAAUGACUGACGGUGAAAAAACGCUCGACUCGACCCACUCGGCCCCAACGCAUUUACUGCUCGAAUUGACCUCACUCGAUGAAUUAAGUUUUCCAACGUGUUCGUCGACGAGAAUAAAGUAUGUAUGCUUAGACGCAUCGCCUCGAUUUCUAGUCGUUGGUACUUCAAGUGGGACAGUUUAUUUAUUUUCUCGAUUUGCUUCAAAAUAUCAAAGCAGAUUUAAUGCAGUUCCUGUGCAGGUUAUUUCAACAAAAGAAGGAUCUGUUGCGAAGCUAUCAGUUUCACCGAACGAAAAAUAUUUAGCAAUCGGGAAUCAGACUGGUUUAUUAACUAUCGUAGCACUUUCGACACCUGGUCAUCCGUCCUCGGCGAUUCUUUCGAAUCAUUGUCACGUCGAAUAUUGUGGUUCCGGCGUGCCUAAUCGCAUCACUUAUAUACACUGGAAUAGAGACAGCGAAAAGGUAUACGCUGGAGACUUAAAAGGUCAAGGUAGGAAUCUAUUUCGAUCGCCUUAUGAAAUUUUGUUGGAAACGGAUAGCGAAAUUAUUCAGUUAGAUACAUUUGAAGAUAUUUUAUUGGUUUCAACAUUAACAAGAUGCUGUGUCUGUGAUUUAAACAGUCUUCAAUGUAUUCAGGUUGGCAAAAAACUUCGUAACGGUCGAUUUGGUGCAAUAUUUCUGUCAGUUCGUCGUCAGCUUACUAUUGGAAAUCCUGAUGCUAAAGCUAUUGGUCAAAAUGAGGGUAGUCUUGCAUCACUGCGAGUAAUUUUUGCAAGUCGUCCUAAUGGUAGAUUAUGGGAAGCAAAUGGUCAAGGCGUCGUUUAUAGAACUCACCAGUAUAAAGAUAUUAAUUGCGCUGUUCGCUUCCCUAUUGUAUCAUAUAAUGAAACAUUUUCAUUAAGCAAAAACUGCUCGAACGGAAUUCAAAAAAAUCCAUCUUUUGGUCGAUUAAAUUUGAUACAUUGUGAAGAAAAUGAUUUUUUGUUGACAAGCGAUGGCUUAGUGGUUUCUGUCAUUGAUCCAUCAGAUGGACGAUUGGUGCUGAAUAGUAUUCUCGGGAAAGAUAAUGUAAAUGAAUAUGUGGUAUGUGGUUCUGAUGUUUUUUUGAUGUGCGUGGAAAGCGGUAAAUUACGUAAAUUAAGUUUAUUUACAUUGAAGAAGGCAAUCGAAAAGCUCCAUUGGAGGCAAUGCUACAUGCAGGCCGCGCUUGUGCUUGUGAAAAUUCGGGAUCAUUUGGAAAGAAUCGGUCAAGUGCCAUGGAAAAUGGAAACAAUCAAUGACAUUUUAUGUUGUAUCAAAGAAAGAGAAGUAGCCAAUUCUACUGAAGAAUCUGAGGUACUGAUUAUUGAGGUUCUUUACUAUAUUUUUUCUGAUAAUCUUCCACGAUAUAUCGCGAAAGACGUCAUGGUUUCAUCCUUGAAUCAAAUACUGGAUAUUAUUGAGCAACAGAAGCAGUUGAAUGAUAUUUCGUCAUCAAAAGCCCAAUCAUCGGUUCAAAAAUUAAGCACAGGUAUACAUAAAGUGGUUAGAAUUGUGGAAAAUAGUGGUUAUGAAGACGAUUUUACAUUUCGUGCGCCAUCUCCUCUUCGAUAUCGAAGCAAAAGCACGCCUAACAUAAAAGCUGGAGCAAUGUCUGCAUACAUGGCUUGGAAGCGCCAAAGUUUGCCAUUAAAAACCAUAGACGACUCGUUUAUCCAAGAAAAUAGUGAAAACAAGGAAAGUAUGACGCGUAAUUUCAUUCGCGACUAUUUAAAAUAUAUUAAUGGAGAACAAGAUAGAAUUGCUUCCUUAGGUGAUUCAAAUGAAUCAUUAAAAACUUUACUAGGAUGUGAGAUACAACAAAUGCAUUUCGAUUCGCAGGUGACUGUAGAAGAUAUAUCAAGAGAUCUGGCUGCUGCUAAAAAAUUUUUAUCAAUUAUUGCAAAUGAUGGAAGUGACUGGAAUAGCUAUAAGAGAAAGGAUCAGUCACCUAGAAAAAUAAAUGCAGAUUUCAUGGCCCUCUUUGGUCGGACAGAUCCGUUAGAAAAAUUAACCAAAUAUUCUCCAGACCUUUUCUCAUCAAACGUAAAAGUUGAACGUAUUGUGAAUCGAUCAAAGAAAGGAGCUCGUAUAGUAAAAGCAAUUAAACCUCAUGGACGAAUUAGAGAGGAUAAAAAUGGUUAUCUGAUAAAGGAAAUGGAAAAUGGCACUAAAAAUGGUCCUGGAAGUUUUUUAACUAAUUUCUCGAAAAAUAACUCUCAAGAAAGUAAAGUCGUCUAUAAUCGUAUAAAUUCCGAGCUUGCUUCGGAUUUACUAUCAACAGAGCGAUCAAAUGACGCAUCUUUAAGUCUGCAGACAAAAACUGAUCGUACAAAUAUUACUGAAUAUAAUUUUAUAACGGAUAAAAAUACUAAUUUAAGUUGGAGUGGUGAUAAUAUUGAAGUUGUUCAAGCCGAUGAUUCGGCGGAAACUUUAACUACCGUUGAUGCAGAUGAAGAAAUCGAUCUUAUGACAACAAGUAAAAAUACCUCUGCAGUUUUAUCGGCAUCUUUUUCUGAAAUAGUCAGCAAUAUUUCGCCAGAAAAAAUCAGUGGAAACAAAUGUUAUAAAUGUGGAUUACACAGGUCUUGGCAGAUAGUUUUCAUUUUUGGUCCAGCGAUGUCGCAACUUCAAGUUGUCGUGGACGAAUUUAAUGAUGGCAAGUUAAUAUCAAUUGUUGUAAAAAGUGGUGUACCUACGACAAGUGACCAAUGGUCCAAGCUUUUUGAAUAUUAUAUUAAUUUUGCUGACAAAAAUAUAGAUUCUGGGAACGGUCUAUGUUUCGACUGUUUAUCAUAUUUCAAUUUUGCUGGACGUUUGGAUAGAAAGAUUGAAGCAAUAGAAGAACUGUUGAAAGUAGCACUUAAAAGAGACUUCGAAAAAGGACAAGAUUUCAGUAAUCUACGAAAGGAAGUACUUGGAUGGGAUGAUGCUCUUAUUCAAAAAUUAUUCUUCACCAAUAUUCUACAGUCUGGGUCUCUACAUACAACGAAUUCGCCACAAUGGAUAGAAAAAGACCUUAAUAUUGAUUCAAAAGAAAAAAUAAAACAAGGUGACGAUUCGAGUUUUCACCUUAGGAAUUUCGCAUGGCUUUCAUCUGUUACGCUCUCUCAGUUACUGCUCUGUAUGUUUUUAUGUGAAGGCAUCAACAAACUUUUCAAUUUCCUGAAGAAACAACACGAUUUAAUUAGUCAUUUGACUCCACAAGAUUGGAAAUGGUUGAUAGCGAUAAAAGCAUUCGAAACAGAACGCUUGAAAUACAUUAUGCCGUACAAAACCAUUGAUGAUUUGUUCGAGGAAUUCAAGAUAAAUUGCAUAAAAGAUAUUGGUCGGAGUCCAGCUGAUAGUUUCAGUAUAGCGCAGAAAAUGUCCAAUAUGAACCAAGGAUCUACUAGUAUUUCCAUUGCAAUUGACGGGAAUUGUCUUUGUUGCACACUGCCUUUAAAAUCUCGCGUAUCGGAUUCUGAUGGUAAUAUAGUGGCUUUUUAUUGCGGGCAUUCCUACCAUAAUAUCUGUUUGCGUGAGGCUAAUAUAUCACGAUGUAUUCAAUGUGAAAUUCAACGAAGACGUCGACGUCAAUUUCCAAAUUCGCCAAAUAGCAUUGUUAAUCAACAGCAAAGCCACGGUAUAACUAAUCAACAACAUCUAACAAAUUUAACCAGUGGUCACCAAUAUGUUUCACGUAGACCAGCAUCUGCUACAGUCACAUCUACACGUCAUAUCGCAGUUCAUGCUGCUCAUGUGAACGUUACAUUAACUGCGAAAAAUCAAAAUAAAAAUCCGCAAAUUUAA